AUGAAAUCAGAUAUAAAACUUCCAUUAUUAGAUCACCAACCUUUAAAACUGAAUCCUAGCUACAAGUUAAAGUUUUAAAAUCCUCUAAGAAUAUAAUACAUGAGAUUUCUAGACAAAAGUGAUUUGAAAGAGACUGAAACUUUCUAUAUGAAAAAUUAUGCCAAAGCAUAUAAUAUACCAAUUCUUUGCACUUACCGAGGGCUGAUACCAAAGCAAAAGGAGGAGAAGAAAAAAGCAUUGUACAAAAGACCAAAUUAUAAAUACUUUAAAGAAGAGGAUUCUGAUUUGGAAGGUGAUUAAGUGUAGAGGAUUUUAUCGAUGAAAUAAUCCCAAAAAUAAAAGAAAUUGUUUGUUUCGGAAUGA